AAAGUAUAAAAUACACCUUUAUUUAUAUAUACAGUGCAUCUAUUAGAAAUUUAAAAUCAUUUAAAAAAAUCCCAGGUUCCCAUCAUCUAUUCAGUGACUGCCAAACUGGUAAACAGAGUUAUUAGUAUUAAUAAUGCCAAAGUAUAUGUUAUAUUCAUAUAGCGACCUACACACUUAGUGGAAAAUUUAUUAAGACACGAAUGCUCAGAGCGUAUUUUCGACGAUUUUUUCAUGCUUGAGCGACUUUUUCGUACACCGGCACAACUUUUUCGUACGCUUGCUCGAAAAAUUCGGAACAUUUCGUGACUUUAGGAUCGCCAAUACGAUAUUAUCGUGACUAAUACGAUUUUUUCGUAAGCAUUUUCGUGAUAUUUGCGAUCUUAAGAAAUUAUUGUAUCGAAUCCAAAUUUUCAACCAUGCAGCAGGAAUUAUAGCGGCUGAUGACACACAAGGAGAUUAGUUGCCCAUUGAUUAAUCUCCGCUAGUGGUGGCGACUAAUCUCUUCUGAAUGCUUUCUUGCCAGCAAAUAUGUAAAUCGCAGUAGAAACACAUAUGUGUUGCUUUGCAGGGUAACUUCAUACAAGUCAAACAAUCAUCUAAUGCAAAAUCUGUUUAGCCAAUAAUAUACUAAUCUAUAUUAAACAUUCCAUUUAAAACAGCCCAUCAAUAUCAUAUACUUUCCAUAUUUCCAUUAAAGUAAUACAUAAUAAUAAAAAAGUAUGUUGAUUUGUAGUUCCCACAUUUUUAUCUGUGGUGUUGACUAUGCAUGCUGGGAUUUACAGUUCCCAAUUUUUCUCUAUGGGGUUUCCAGUGCAUCUGGGAGUUGUAGUUUCCAAUUUGUAUAUGCAUUGUUGCCUGUGCACGCUGAGUAUGUAGUUCCCAGUUUUUAUCCGAGUUACAUUCUCGCCGGUGGGAUGGCGUUUCAGGGAGAUUUGUCGCGGGCGACUAAUAUCCCCGUGUGCCACAUCCCUAACUGUGCAAGCUGGCAUUUGUAGUUCAAAUUUUAUUCGCGUUUAAAUGACGCACAAGGUACGGGGCGGGAGGGGGCGCCCACUCUCCACCAAUACAAUGAUGUGUUAACGAACGGAGCCGCAGAUCUGUGUUCCAAAGCCUUAUUAGUGAACCACAGACUAGCAGUUUUGUGUUUACAACAUUUUAUCAACAAUUACGCUAAAGGCCCGCCUGCUCUAUUGGCUCCGCCCAACCCCUGGCCUCAGUGUCCGGUAGUUACAGAGUCUGUGUACAUUCUUCGUGGGUCCGGAUAGGAAGCGGCCGAACGGGGCCUUCCACACUACUCAGUACAUGAACCCCAGCACAGUCCGGGGAUGGAUUGCACCGUGCUCUCAUCCAUCCAUUCUUUCUGCAAGCAGUCAUGAUGCUCCUGACAAGGAAGCCUGAGGGCCCCAUAGCAGCAGUGCGAUAUGGUGAUGGCUUGUAUGAUUCAUAUAUGAGGCUUGAUCAGAUGGCAGCACAAGAUGCGGCAGAGGAUAAAGAAAGCCCCUCCACUCUACCUUCAUUUGGGAGACUAACUAUAAGUGGAAAUAAACUUGCAAUGAAGGAUCAACAACAAGUUAAAGUGCAACAGUUAUUUGAAGACUCCGGUAACCGAAGGGUUGGUGCAGGUGUUACAAGUACUGAAAGUGCAUUUCCCUUGCUGACAAAAGAAAAAAGUUCAGACAGCUCAGGAACUUCAAAAUCUAGUGAUAGCUCUGCCAAGUCAUCAAAGGCCACAUACCUGACUCCUGACCAAGCAGUGAAGCAAUACAAGCACCAGCUCUCUGCUUAUGAGCUACAAGAAAUUAGUAGUUUUUCUGAGAUAUAUUUUGUGGGUCCAAAUGCAAAGAAGAGGCAAGGAGUUGUAGGGGGUCCUAAUAAUGGAGGCUAUGAUGAUGAUCAAGGAGGCUACAAUUUAGUGCCACAUGACCACGUGGCAUACCGAUAUGAAGUUCUUAAGGUUAUUGGGAAAGGCAGUUUUGGUCAGGUUGCAAAAGUUUAUGACCACAAGCUUCACCAGCAUUUGGCACUAAAGAUGGUCCGCAAUGAAAAGAGAUUUCACCGGCAGGCUGCAGAAGAGAUCCGCAUCCUGGAACACCUCAAGAAACAGGACAAGACUGGUAGUAUGAAUGUGAUACACAUGCUGGAGAGUUUCACUUUCCGAAACCACAUUUGUAUGACAUUUGAGCUUCUCAGCAUGAAUUUAUAUGAGCUAAUUAAACGAAAUAAGUUUCAAGGUUUUAGUCUGCAACUUGUUCGCAAAUUUGCCCAUUCAAUCCUUCAGUGCUUGGAAGCUUUAUACAGGAAUAAGAUCAUCCACUGUGACUUGAAACCUGAAAAUAUUCUCCUCAAACAGCAAGGGCGUAGUGGUAUUAAAGUGAUAGAUUUUGGGUCCAGUUGCUUCGAUCACCAAAGAGUCUACACAUACAUACAGUCCCGUUUCUACAGAGCACCCGAGGUCAUUCUGGGAAGCCGUUAUGGUAUGCCCAUUGAUAUGUGGAGUUUUGGCUGCAUAUUGGUUGAGCUCCUAACAGGUUAUCCAUUGUUCCCAGGUGAGGAUGAGGGAGACCAACUAGCAUGUAUGAUGGAGCUUCUUGGUGCACCACCUCCAAAGCUUCUAGAACAAGCCAAAAGAGCAAAGAACUUUAUUAACUCCAAGGGAUACCCACGAUACUGUACUGUCACCACUCUUCCUAAUGGGACAACAGUUCUCAAUGGCAGCAGGUCGCGCAGAGGUAAAAUGCGUGGUGCACCUGGCAGCAAAGACUGGGUGGCAGCUUUGAAGGGUUGUGAAGACUCCCUUUUCAUUGAUUUUUUAAAGGGUUGUCUCACCUGGGACCCAGUUGCACGUAUGACCCCUAGCCAGGCCCUGCGGCAUCAGUGGAUUUCCAAGAGACUGCCUAAGCCUUCAGUAACCGAGAAGGCUUCAGGUAAAAGAAUUUCCAGCCAAACCAGCUCUUUUCCAGGCAUUGGCUCCAAACUGCCUCCAGUCGUAGGUGUGGCUAACAAAUUACGGGCCAAUUUAAUGAAUGACUCCAAUGGAAGCAUACCACUUCGAACUGUUUUACCUAAGCUAGUCAGCUGAUCCUGACUGGUACUAAGAUGCGCUGAUACUUGUGACUUUUCCUAAUUUUAUUUGUUUUAUUAAAAUGAGGGAAAAGAAGUAUCAGGAUAAGAUUCUGUGUUUCCUAUUUUAAUUGUUUUUAAAGGGCUUAACAUUUCAAUUUCCAUCUGGUACAAACUUGAUUCCCUUUAUUUUAUAGGUCAGUAAUUUUUUUGUCAAAAUACAAGCAAUAAUAACUUAGAAAGACAAAUUAUAAGAAUAAACUAACAUUUAUUUUGUUCAUUGUGUUCACUGAGAGUGAAGUCCUGUAGUCAUGGGGUACAGGAUAAGGUAUUAUUUAGUCCAACAUCUGCCUAGUUGGUCUCUUCCCACUGCAGCCAUUUAAUUAGCUUGUCACACAUAACAGAACAAAGUUUUAGCCACUUGUCAGAAAAGAUCAUGAGUUGGUAAUUUGCAAGCUGCCUAUUCUUUGUGAUUAGUAUUUGUAAAGAUACUGCUACUAAAGUAGGGUGACCAGAUCACCUGAAAAUUAGAGAUACGUCUAAAAAAUCCAGCUAACAGGGCUGAACUGUUUGCAGCUUUUUUAAAAUGCAUUCAUUGCUGCCCUGCAAUGUGUCCCUUAAUAUUCAAGUGACCUGGUCACCCUAUACUAAAGUCUUGUGUAUUUUCUUUUAUAAAGGACUAUAUAAAAUUUGCCUAUGUUUUUAAUAUGCUUUUAGCAGCAGUUGAUAACUUUCUGGUAUGACAUGGCUUUUUCUGUAUAGGGCAAUGUCACACUGGGCAGUUCUCAUCAAACAAUUUUUGUCUAAAUACACCCAACUUACAAUUGUAGUAGAGGGCAAUUAUAGGCUGUCACAUUGGUUCUGUAUAUUAAGGCUACAAAAAAAAACCCAUGGCAAGGCUGAAAAUCGCCCAUGUUACAUUGCCCUUUGGUGAUAGUGAUCGUUGUUUACUGGAAAGGCUGAUAAAAAUGCAUAUUAUUCUUGUCAUCCGGACGAGUAGCACAGUUUUAGAAAGCUGUUAUCCUGCAGAACAUUCCUGUUUCAAUAACUCAGAGGAACCGCAUAGCCAAUUGAUUGGACUGACACAGUAGCAGAUUAUGCAUGGCUGCAGGAAACUGCAUGGUGCACAUAGUAUCUUUCUUCCCAGACUUUAUUGUUGGUCCUUACCACCUAUAUAAAUUAGCAAGUGGAUGAAGUAGUCUUACAACUAAAGCUUGACUGCAUCUCUCAGUUCAAACAAAAUGUACUCCUUAUUGCUAGUUUAGCCACUCUCCUCCAAGAGGUUCUUAAUAAUUAGUAAGUAUCCUAUGUAACAAGCACUUUUAGGGAAACCCUAUUUAUCAACAAUAUUUUUCUGACAUUCAGGAAAGUAUUUAACAUUUACACAUUUACAACAGCAGAUAGAUGGGUUAAUUUGUGGCAAAAAUCGAACUCAUUUGUCCUUAGAGUGUGUUAACCCUUAUCCAAACUGAUGGAAGACUCAUGUGGGGAUUAUUGUUUCAGGCAAUUAUUUUCUGUACUGAACUAAAAUUGGCUCCUUCGAUAUGUUUUAAAGUCAUGGUACCUUCCUAAUUUGCUGUUUUUUUUUUUUGUUUUCAUACAAGAGGUCUUUAUGUUAAAACAUGAUAUUGGUGUUGAUUUAACAAACAAAAAUUUUAAUUGCCUGAAAGCCACAUGCAGUGUUGAGCAAAGUAGAAGAAUGUUGUAUAAAGCAUUAUUUUUUUUCUCCUGAUUCUAUCAUAUACAUGUUUUCUUUCAUUCUUUCUUUUAUAAUGUGAGUUGCACUCCUUUCAGGAUAAAAAACUUGAUUGUAGGAGUCAUCCCUUCCAUGAGACUAGGGA